AAUAAAUGCUUGACCUCCUUGUAAUUUGUGCCACUGAACUAGCAGACUUGUACUCAGUGCACAUCGCAGAAAGGGAAAGAGAGAAAAAAUGAAUAGAACAUCUGGCACUGGGGAGAGAAUGUCAAAAAUUCCAGCAUCACGUAAGCUGCUCUUAAAGACAUUGUUGCUUGCAAAAGCAAAAGAAGAGUUGGAAAAGGAGAAGAGGGACAGAGAAAUUGAGAAAGCCCGAAUCCUCACAGAGAGCGUUCCUCAGCUUGAGUUUUCACAGCUUUCCAUUGAGGAGCUCCAAGACCUGUGUAGACGGAUGCAUGAGAAGAUAGCUGCGGCUGAUGAAGAGCGAUAUGACAUUGAGUUGAAAAUCAACAAGAACAACAUGGAGAUUCAAAGCUUGAGUAAAAAGAUAUUUGACUUGAAAGGAAAGUUCAAGCGUCCAGCUCUACGUCGAGUCAAGUUCUCUGCUGAUGCAAUGCUAAAAGCUUUGCUGGGAUCUAAACACAAGGUGUCCCUAGACUUGAGAGCAAACCUGAAGACAGUGAAGAAGGAAGAAGAAAAGGACAACAAAGCUGAGAUUACAGACUGGCGCAAGAAUAUUGAAGCUCUGUCUGGCAUGGAGGGCAGAAAGAAGAAGUUUGAUGCAGGACCCACUCUGUGAAGGCCAGAAAACAUCUGCUUCAUCUCUUCUUGCCCUAAAAAACACACCUGAAACAUAUAGCCAUGAAAAGGUGAAUACGGAAAAAGCAGAGGAAGGAAAAGGAAAGAAAUU